AUGUCUCGUAUUUUGCCAGCAACAAGAAUCGGCAAAAGUGCUCCAGCAUCUUUGUACAACACCGGAUUCCGAUCUUCGCGAGCUCCAUGCCGUGCUCCCGAUGGGAUUGCCGGACAGGUCUGCAACCGGAUAGAAUCAGUCCAGCUCUCGGACAUGCCAUCGAACGUCCAGACCAAGGUCAAGUAUCUGGUUCUCGAUGCCAUCGCCUGUGCUAUCGUAGGAGCAAAGCUGCCAUGGUCAAAAGUAGCUACGCAGCCUGUAUGGACGUUGAGGGGACUGGCAAGUGCGCCGUCUUUGGCUGGAACAAGGUACGUGCAAGCUUUACUUUUCCUUGAGUUCGGAAUGUUCCCUGUUUGCUUGUACCCUGUACUUAGGACAGCCAGCGCACAAGUCCGCUCAAUGCAGCCCUCUUGGAUGGGUCUUUUAUUCAAGGAUUCGAGCUCGAUGAUGUCCACGUUGAUGCACCGUGGCGUGCCAACUCAAUCAUACUGCCAGCUCUGUUCGCUGCAGCGGAGUACGCUCAGGGGUCGGAUGCGGGAUCGAAGAUUGAUGGUGCAACGUUCUUCAUCUCCACCGUCGUAG